CCCACAACCAAAACCGCACAGUGCGGCAACGUGGCACGAGAAUUCCAUCCGUGUGCGGAUUGCUUGCGUGCGUGCGCGUGUGCGUGUGUCAGUGUCAGACUGUCACUGUGUGUGUAUCUGUGUUGACGCCCGAAAUUUUUUGUUAUUCCGUCACACACGACACAUUACAUCAAUAUAAGUACUACAUAAAAGAUCGUCUGGCUUUUAGGUGUACGCGAAAUUUGUUUCCUUCUUUUUAGCGGUCGUUCUGUACGUGCGCAGUGUUUUUUUUUUUUAAUUUCGUCCCCUCCCCACCCACACCCGCAGUACGCGCCGGCCGAGCCGAAUUACAUGUAGCGUAGUACCUGUGCGUCUCGCACACGAUUUUGUGAUUUUCUUGUAUGUUUUGGUUUUGAUUUUGAUUUUCUGUCCGGUUUUUCAUUCACAAUUGCGUUCUGUCAUUUCUUUCUAUCGACGUCGGUCAGUGUGUGUUAGUUCACCGGGUACACGGUUCGAAGACCGCUGCAGGGCAGCAUUCGAGUGCUGCGAGUUGCGAGAACACUUUCCGAGUGCUCUGUGCUGCUUACUUAUCAGUGUACACAUAGGAGUCUUUCCAUAGCGGCAACAUGCAGACCAUCAAGUGCGUGGUUGUUGGUGAUGGAGCUGUUGGUAAGACUUGUCUGCUCAUAUCGUACACGACAAACAAGUUUCCUUCAGAAUAUGUACCGACUGUUUUUGACAAUUAUGCAGUGACCGUUAUGAUUGGCGGAGAGCCAUACACAUUAGGUUUAUUUGAUACAGCAGGUCAGGAAGAUUAUGAUCGCCUCAGACCUUUGAGUUAUCCACAAACUGAUGUGUUUCUUGUUUGUUUCUCCGUGGUUUCACCAUCUUCGUUUGAAAAUGUCAAAGAAAAAUGGGUUCCAGAGAUAACGCAUCACUGUCAAAAAACACCAUUCCUGUUGGUUGGCACACAAAUAGACCUUAGAGAAGAUGCCACAACUGUAGAGAAACUAGCCAAAAAUAAACAAAAAUCAAUAUCAUCUGAACAAGGAGAGAAGCUAGCUAAAGAACUUAAAGCUGUAAAAUAUGUUGAAUGCUCAGCACUUACACAAAAAGGACUAAAAAAUGUAUUUGAUGAAGCUAUUCUUGCAGCUUUAGAGCCUCCUGAGCCAGUCAAGAAGAGGAAGUGUGUUAUAUUGUAAGGCUGCGGAUAAAUAAACAGGUGCGACAAUUAUGUCAUGAAAAUAUUUAAGAUAAAACAAUUUAAAUCAUGAUUUAGCAUGGAUACAAUAAUGAAAUAAUAAUUAUUUUGUUUUUACUAAUCUAUAAAUAUAUAUAUAAAUAAUUUAUUUUAUAUUUUACAAGAAAAUAUGUGCAUUCAUUGAAUAAUAAAUAAAUAGGUUUUUUAUACGCCAUAAUUAAUUGUGGUUGUUUUUGAUUAUUAUAAUAAUGACCCAAUUUAUUUAUUUUUUUUUUUUGUUCUUUUGUCAAUCCUCUUUAUGUAUCAUUUUAUGUUGAUUAAUAUAAUAUAUUUUUUCUUGAACAUAAUAUUCACUUGUAACACCAGUUACUUAUUUGAUGAUUAAUAAUAUUAUUAAGAUACAUAUUAAUUAUUAUUAACGUUUAAAUUAAAUCCAGCCAUAAUAUGAAAAUAAUAUUUUACCACAUUAUGUGUAGGUAGGCUAAUAAACCAAAAAUUAAAAAUUGUAUCCAUUUACGGAAAUAGGUAAAUUGUUGUCUGCCGAAAAUAAUUUUAAAAGUAGACCUAACCGAUAUUUUUUUAAACUAACUUUUUUUACGCUUAAUUGUAUUUCUAUUUUUUUAUAAUUACUGAUUUGUAGACCAAUUAAUUUUAAUACAAUGUUAAGUGAACAACAACUCAAAUGCCUCAAGACCUUUUUUAUGUCUUUGGACUUUCAAAAGUACAAAAUAAUUGUAUAGUCAAAAUUGUACUUUCAAUUGCUUAUGGAUGUUGAACUCUUCUCUGCUUUGAAAUGAUGAAGAAUAAUAUGACAUGCAGAUAAUGAUAACUAUUUAUACAAUCAAAAUGAUAUGUUUAGAUAAAAAGACUUAUACCUAUAUUAUAAUAUAUAUUGUCAACCUCUUUAAUAAUUGUUGUAAACUGCAGGUGCAAUGUUUAAAGUUUCAUAUGGUUGUUCAAUUAACUUAAUAUAAUAGACGAGUCUAGAAUUACUUUAUAUAAUAAUGUUCUAGAUGUUAUGGAUCAUCUUGAUGUCACAUUGGUUAAAUAAAAUAUUUAUUUUUAACUGGC